GAAGCUCGCAUUGAUUUGUGGGAUAUGUGUUUAAAACGCAACGUGUUCCAAGAUGGCGGACAAAACAACAACAACAACCUCUUUGACUUCCCAUUUGCUGUUUCCUUCAAGUGGCGAUGGUCUUGAUCUGGAUCAACCUUUUGCGUUUGCUCCAGCAUUGGUUCCCACCUCUACUGCACCAGUCUUACAGCCGUCAGGCGCAAACAUCACCCAAGAAAUCGAUUUAAAUCCAGAUGUCUUAGAGGGAGAGGUUGAGAAAUUUGUUGGUCAGCCUGUCACUCCACCCACAACCCCACGUAAAGGUGAAGUGACCCCUCAAUCUAGACAAACUGGUACCCCACCACAAAUGUACAAUACACCACCCACCGCAAGCCCACCACAGAGUAUAUAUUCACCAAUGGAAAUGCCACCAACCAUCUCAUACCAGCAUUCACCCUUACAACCACCCAUGCCAACCCAGACAACUCCAUCAAAACCUAUACAUGCGGUACCUCCAUUCACCCCUAGCCAACAAUCAGUAUUUCCCCCAGUCCAGCAAUCACCACUGCCUCCAAGUCAACAUUCAAUAUUACCUCCACCUAUUUCAUCACCUUAUCCACCCUCUGCACUGCCUUCAACCCCUGUGCAAAGAGCCAAAGCUUCCCCGGUCAGACCACAUUGGUUUUACCUAAAAGAUGGUAAAGUGUGGACCCCGUUUUCCUGGAAAGACUCAAGUCUACUGCAGCAGAGUUUUUCAAGCCCUUCAAGGGGAAAUGAUAGAAUCAUUGCAACAGAUGGUGGUCGUUACGAUGUGAACAUUGACAAGAGAACUAGAACAAGUGUAUAUUGGAGUGAGCCUAUUACAGUUGUUCGUCCCUGCACUUGGUUUUGUAAAGCACAUGAUGGGGAGAAUAAAUUGAUACCCUACGAAGAAAGCACUGCAGCAAAAUUAGAGCAAGCAUACUUGAAUGCUCAUGAUGAGCAAACCUGGCCGAAGACAGUGAACCUUGAGAAAGGGGAAACAGUGAUCAUGCAUAAUUCAAACGUCAUGGUACACUUCAGUUCAACAACAUCAGAAGAUGACGAUUGGACUGGGGAAGACAUAAGAAGCAGGCCCAAGGUUGUCCGUCGAGGGAUUGAUGACUUCGAAGCAGAGAUUGAUGAUGGGGAACCAUCCCAGAUUGAUCACUUGGUGUUUAUAGUCCAUGGAAUUGGUCCAUAUGCAGACCUUAAAUUCAGAUCACUAAUUGAAUGUGUGAAUGAUUUUCGGAGAGUCUCGUUAGACAUGAUGGAUGGACGUCGGGAAAAGUUGACAGGAAAUCAAGACAAUCUGGUUGGUAGGAUUGAGUUUCUACCAGUGCUGUGGCAUGGUGCAGUACAUGAUGACAUGCCUACUGGUGUAGACAGACGGCUGCAGUCUAUCACAAUUAACAGCGUUACAAAACUCAGAGAGUUCACAAACAACACUUUAUUGGACAUACUGUUUUUUACAAGUCCUGUGUAUUGUCAGACAAUUGUUGAUCAAGUUGGCUCGGAAAUGAAUCGGCUUCUCAGUGUCUUUCAACAGAGGAACCCGUCAUUCAAUGGCGGUAUAUCGGUCUGUGGGCACAGCCUUGGCUCCGCUAUAUGCUUUGAUAUACUACAACAUCAGGGUGACAAGCAGGAACCCAUUCAAACUGCAAGAGAUGGAAGUCGUACAAAUAUAGAAAAACCCACAAAUGAGAUAACAGGUUCACCAAAAGAGGAAUCACCACAAACAACAGAUUCAAAUAAUUCUCCUUCCCUGGAACAAAUCCUGCAACGCUUAGGUCUUGAAAACUUCAUCCUAACCUUUCAGAUGGAACAGAUUGAUGGAGAGGCAUUGAUGUUGUGUAGUGAGGAAGACUUGAAGGAGCUCAGUAUACCAAUGGGUCCAAGAAAGAAGAUAAUUUCAUACCAAAAAGACUUUGCUAAAGAAAAGGAGGCUGCAAAACAGAGUACUGGAAGCACAAAACCCCCCACAACAUCAACGCAAAACACAGACACAGCUGCAAGUACAUUCACUAAACCAGAGGUAUCUGAUAGUCUGCUUGCAAGUCGAUCAUCCUUCAAAAAUCUCUCCCAGAAUUCCUCAUCAAUUGAGGUUGUUGAAAUCCUCCAGUAUCAUCAUGGCCAGCAAGGAACAGCAGGCACUGGCCAACCUUAUGUACGUUAUCCAAAACUGAACUUUGAACCAAGAAAUAUGUUUGCACUUGGGUCACCUAUUGGUCUCUUUCUCACUGUGAGAGGAGUUGAGAACAUUGGAGCUGAUUAUAGUUUUCCUACGUGUCCUGGCUUCUAUAACAUAUUCCACCCGUAUGAUCCUGUGGCAUACAGAAUUGAACCACUAGUAAUGGAGGGUUUCACGGGUGAACCAGUGUUGAUGCAGCACCAUAAGGGUCGAAAGAGGAUGCACCUUGAACUUCGCGAGAAUCUAUCGAGAAUUGGUGCAAACUUGAAACAAAGAUUUGUGGAAUCUGUCAAAGAAACAUGGGCAACAAUUAAUGACUUUGCACGUGCACACACUGGAGUAGAAUCCCCUGAUGAACCAGACGGUCCAGGGGUGAGAAAAGACACCUCAGAUGCGGAAAGUCAAAGUGAUGUAGAAGAAAAACAGGAAUUGCAAUCAUUCUCCAUGGGGUGUCUAAACCGAGGACAGCGUUUUGAUUUUGUUCUCCAAGAGAAACCAAUUGAAAUAUUAAAUGAAUAUUUAUUUGCAUUGAGUAGCCAUGUUUGUUAUUGGCAAUCUGAGGACACUGCACUGUUUAUGCUUAAAGAAAUUUACAAAAAUUAAUUAUUCAG